CCAAAUUACAAUUCAUUUGCACAGUGAGAGCAGGGGGCGGGCCGUACAUUGUUUAGAUUAUGCAUUUUCUGGAUUAGCAAAUGAAGAGGGGUUUCCACUUCCAGUUCCCCCCACUCCCAGUUCUCCCAUUCCCCUCGGGCCAUGAGCGCUCGGAAUGAGCCCAAUAUGCAUGAUGUGUAUACGAAGUUAAAAACCUUCAAUUUAAUUCAACACAUCGGUUGAUCGUGUUUUUUUUUUUACAUUUGGCAGUCUGAAAAAUGCUUCCGGAAUACCGCUACCCGAUAGGAAUAAAUGUCACGUAGUGAGCGGGCCUCCCCUACCUGCUGUGCCGGACAAGGUGGGGGGGACAGAGAGGAAGGACCAGGAAGAGAAAUAGGAAGAGAGAAACCCUGGCUGGUUGCAGAGCAACCGGGCAUUCAGCACUUCCUGUGAGGAGACGUCGGCAGAGGGCAGGUGUUGCAGAAGCAGCACCGACAGAGGGGGCAUGGCGGGCACAGGGGGGAAAAUAGAGAUGCAGCAGCAGGGUAAGAUAGCUAGCGAGGCGGCGGCGACCCCUCCUGAUGGAGGUUGGGGCUGGAUGAUUGUAGCUGGUUGCUUCCUCACCACCAUCUGCACCCGUGCUGUCACUAGAUGUGUGUCCAUUUUCUUUGUAGAGUUCCAGCUUCACUUUGGGAAGGAUUACUCUGGCACGGCCUGGACCCACUCUCUGGUGGACUGCACUACCAUGCUUUGUGCACCACUGGGUAGCUUCAUUGGGAACCGUCUGUCCUGCAGAGUGACUGUGGUCCUAGGGGGCCUACUCUCCUCGGCCGGCCUGAUACUUAGCUCCUUUGCCAAUAGCCUGGAGUACCUCUACCUCACCCUGGGAGUCCUCACAGGUCUGGGGUUUGCCCUCAGCUACACUCCAGCGGUGGCCAUGGUAGGCUCAUACUUCAAUGAAAGGAAGGCCCUUGCCUACGGCAUAGCCAUGUCAGGAAGCGGCAUCGGUACCUUUAUACUGGCACCCGCUGUCCAGCUGCUAAUUGAGUACUACUCAUGGAGAGGUGCUCUGCUCAUCCUGGGGGGGUUCGUCUCCAACCUGUGUGUUUGUGGGGCGCUGAUGAGGCCCUUGGAGCCCUCAGCAGGGGUCUGGAGAACACAAGAGCCUAGGGAACUAGAGAAUGGGUACAAAGUGACACCAGCGGUGGACAGCAAGCUGCCUGAGGAACAGAUAGCUGAGAGGAAAAUAGCUGGGCACGCAAAAGAUUGUAAUAGAGACAUGAUGCUUGAAAACGGUAAACUGGUGCAGAUGAAGCUAACUGAGACGUUGCUAGCCAACCCCAAACUAGCAGAGGCUAGGCUGACAGAUGUGAAGCUUAUGGAGGACUUGGUUGUGAGCAGUUCGAUUGCUGAGAAAAUACUAGCAGAGAUCCAGCUGACUGACUCUAAUAAAGUAAAUGGAAAAUUGGAGGACAUGAAAUUAGUAGAGAGCUUGGUCAUGGACACCAAGCUAACAGAUGCCAUGCUGGCAGACGUCCAACUACUGGAUUGGACUAUUCUUGUGGACACCAAACUGAAAACAGACAUGAAGCUAGUGGAUGAUAAGCUAGUAAACCCACCUCGGCUGCUUGUCGGGCCAAGCAUAGGAGACUGCCUCUGUAUAAAGUCCAUGGAGGAGUUUGGCUUCCUGUUGAUUUCUGACUUCCUUCUUCUCUCUGUAUCCUUCCUAUUCCUGGCAUAUGGGUGCAGUGUUCCCUUUGUUUACCUUGUGCCCUAUGCCAUCAGUGUUGGUGUUGACCACCAGCAGGCUGCAUUCCUCAUGUCUAUUUUGGGGAUUGUUGGCAUCGUGGGAAACAUCACGUUCGGCUGGCUCACAGACAGGAAGUGUUUGAAGAAGUACCGUACAGUGAGUUACAUGGUGGCGGUGGGUAUGGAGGGCCUGUGCUGUCUCUUCCUACCUCUGCUUCAUUCCUUCGCCCUCUUAGUGCCUUUCUCUAUGCUCUAUGGUUACUUUGAUGGGGCUUACGUGGCCCUCAUCCCCGUGGUAACCUCUGACGUGGUAGGGUCAACCUACCUAACCUCUGCCCUGGGAGUGGUCUAUUUCCUCCAUGCUAUCCCCUACUUGAUUAGCCCACCAAUAGGAGGCUGGCUGGUUGAUACGACAGGAGACUACACUGCAGCGUUCCUCCUAAGUGGUUUCUCUCUCAUGUCGAGUCCUAUUAUCCUUGGAACUGUUAUGCUGAUUCGUCGAUGCUGGAAGACCCAGUCCUACUCCACUAGUGAUAUAGACUCCCAGUUUGCCUACUUGAAGAACAGCCAAAUGGAGCUGUACAAAGUCAAAUGUGAUGAACCAAAGUUGCCAUUGGCCGUAUUUCCUUGAGAAUGUAGAGAUAAUUUUUUCGGUGAAAAAUAUUGAUAUUUUUCAUUUAACAUAUUUUUAAAUGAAUGUAAAAUACCAAAGUGCAAAAGUACCAACAAUAUUAAGUUUUAGUUGGUUUUAACAAAGUCAACACCUGAAAAAUGUCUUCAUUAUAAUGCAAGACAACUGUUUAUUUCUUAUUUUUCAAUAUA